UACGAUUGAGAAUUUGGGCAAAUGAUAAGCCUGCUUUGUGUUCUUGCCCCCCUACACGACGUUAUCGUCUACCCCUCCGCUUGUGUGACGCGAGUCCCGCCUCCCCCGGUCUCUUCAGCGUCCCUUCCCCAGCGACAGAGCUUGGUUGUGAGUCCCCAACACGGAGCAAGAAUACUGACACCCGCGACCGACUGAAACCAAGGGGAAGAUGGAGCACAGAGACCCUCAUUUCAACAUAUUGUUAGCUACUGAUUCUUAUAAGGUGACACACUACAAGCAGUACCCUCCCAACACCAGUAAAGUGUACUCCUACUUCGAGUGCCGCGAGAAGAGGCCUGACCCGACCAAGAACAGAAAAGUCAAGUAUGAGACGACGGUCUUCUACGGCCUGCAGUACAUCACCAACAAAUACUUAAAAGGGAAGGUGGUGACUCCAGAGAAGAUCCAGGAAGCGAAGGAGGUGUACAGGGAACACUUCCAGGAUGAUGUCUUCAACGAGAAGGGCUGGAACUACAUACUGGAGAAGUAUGACGGCCACUUACCCAUAGAGAUCAAGGCGGUGCCGGAGGGAAGUGUGAUCCCACGGGGUAACGUCCUCUUCACCGUGGAGAGCACCGACCCAGAAUGCUACUGGCUCACCAACUGGGUGGAGACCAUCCUUGUUCAGGUCUGGUACCCCAUCACCGUGGCGACCAACUCCAGGGAGCAGAAGAAGAUUCUGGCCAAGUACCUGCUGGAGACCUCUGGCAACCUGGACAAGCUGGAGUACAAGCUGCACGACUUCGGCUACAGGGGAGUCUCCUCACAAGAGACGGCAGGUAUCGGAGCCUCCGCCCACCUGGUGAACUUUAAGGGCACAGACACGGUGGCUGGCAUCGGCGUGAUUAAGAAGUACUACGGCACCAAAGACCCCGUGCCUGGCUUCUCUGUGCCCGCCGCAGAGCACAGCACCAUCACGGCGUGGGGGAAGGACCACGAGCGAGAUGCCUUUGAGCACAUCGUGAGGCAGUUCCCCAACGUGCCCGUGUCGAUCGUCAGUGACAGCUAUGACAUCUACAACGCCUGUGAGAAGAUCUGGGGCGAAGACCUGAGGAGCCUCAUUGAGUCACGCAGCGCUGACGCCCCACUGGUGGUCCGUCCCGACUCAGGGAACCCCCUGGAUACCGUACUGAAGGUGCUGGAGAUCCUGGGGAAGAAGUUUAUCCCUACGGAGAACUCCAAAGGCUACAAAGUUCUGCCGCCCUAUAUCAGAGUUAUACAGGGGGACGGAGUGGACAUCAACACACUGCAAGAGAUCGUGGAGGGGAUGAAGCAGCAUCGGUGGAGCAUUGAGAACAUUGCCUUUGGCUCUGGAGGGGCUCUGCUGCAGAAACUGACCAGGGAUCUGCUCAACUGCUCCUUCAAAUGCAGCUACGUGGUCACCAACGGCCUGGGGGUGAAUGUGUUCAAGGACCCGGUGGCGGACCCUAACAAAAGGUCAAAGAAAGGUCGUCUGUCUCUGCACCGGACAGCGAGCGGGGACUUUGUCACUCUGGAGGAGGGCAAGGGAGACCUGGAGGAGUACGGCGUGGACCUGUUACACACAGUGUUUCAGAACGGGAAAAUUGUCAAGACGUACACAUUCGAUGACGUCAGAGACAAUGCCAAGAUAACGGACAGUGACCUCAAGGAGCUCCUCCACUGAGGGGCCGCUGACGCCUGAACCUCUGACCUCCAUCACCCCACCGGAGGCGGCAUAUUGCCAAUGACCCCUUCCCUCAACCUCCACCCACCCUCCCAGAAGCACUGUCCUCCACUGGAGAGGAGAGUAGACCCCCCCCCCACACACACACACACACACACACACACACACAAACACGUCCAAACCCACACCUGAGUGAAGGCCAAGGGAUAGAGAAAGUAGUGAGUGAAUGGGGAAAGGGAGAGAGGAGUGAGUGAAUGGGGAAAGGGAGAGAGGAGAAUGGGGAAAGGGAGAGGGGAGUGAGUGAAACCAGUAAGUGAUAAAGGAAGUUGAGUGAGAUAAAUGAGAGCGAAAGAGAUGUAAACAAACACACUGACUGUACCCUGUGUUGUGUGUACAGAGCUGUUUAAAGUAAUUAAUCAUCUAUUUAGCAUUGUCUUUUAGUGGUGGGUGGAAUGAUAUCGUGGGAUAGAAAUCAUUUAAACUGCGGUUACGUUAGUGUUUAUCUGACCAAGUGUCGCUAUAAACUGAUCACAGGAAAGGAGAUACUGUGUUCAGGAAAGUUCCAGAACGUUGUGUGGUUCUAGAACUGAGAGGUAUACGUUUAAUGUUCCUGAGUGUGGAUGUUUGUGUGUGCGUGCUGACAGUUUCUUCCUCGUAAAGGAACGUUGUAUUCCUUUAUGCAAAUGAAUGUGCUGAUCAGGGGAACACAUACUCUACCUUUUUUAAGUUGUUUGUCCUUUUUUAAACACAUUUGUCCCCGGGUCUUUAGAAGACACUGCCCACACGUGGGGCAAGUCGCCAUCUAGAAGCCAACUAAUCAUGUUGCUAAAACACUGUCUGCAGAACUGCAGGACACAGUCUGUAUGUCUGAGAUGGCACCCUAUUCCCUUUAUAGUGCACUUUUUUUGACCAGUAAAAACUAGUCCACCGUAUAGGGAAUAGGGCGCCAUUUUGGACUCGCGGAGUCCAACCUCUCUCUUUGUGGCUCCUUUUUUUAUUUGUGUAAAAGUACAAAUAUUUGUUACACAUAUAUUUUUCUUUGCUUUAAAGAACAAGAAGGCAUUUGUCUCUGAUAUUGAAUUAUGGGGAACAUUUCCGUAGAGCUUGAUUUAACUAUUUUGAUACCGUCUUGGUUGGUUCUUACCUCAGAAAUCAUCAUUUGUUAUGACAGAAGUUAAAUAUUGGCUGAAUAUUUGCAGUAAAUCUUCAUAUUUGCAAGGGAUGUGGCCAAACUGUCUUCUCACGCCUAUAUAACGACUGAAUUAUACUGCGAGAGGACAGAGUAGGGAGAAAUAGUGUUAUUAUUAUUUUUGUCUAAUUCCCAUUUUCUACCAGAAUCUUCCACACUGCUUGUUUGUUGUAUGACGUGUUAUGUCAGGUUUUAGCAAAUGUUUGUUUGUGUGUAGAAUAGUGUUACAUUUCAGGUAACUUUUCCAGAAACCCAGAUUGAAAGAUUCCGGGAAUCAAGGAAGGAAUACGCAGGGAAUCCAGAAUCCUCCAAACAGGAUUUUGUGAUUAAUGGAAUUUUGCAAUCCUGGUGUAGUCUUGUGUGAAUGCUGUAUUGAAAAUAAUAUUUGUGAUUUCUAUUUUUGUUUUGUUAUAUGUUGGUUGUCCCAUAUUAUCUGAUAUUUUACUCUAACAUUACUGUUGCAAUGUCUACAUAUUAAAAGCACCAUCCUGUCGAUUUGAAA